AUGGCAAUACAUCUGGAUGCACAUGAGUUAAUAGUUUUUGGAGAUUCUGACUUACUCAUUCGGCAGGCUCAGGGUGAAUGGGAAACUCGAGACAUCAAGCUCAUUCCGUACAAACAAUAUUUGGAGGACCUUAGCAAAAGGUUUAAGUCAAUUGAGUUCAUAUAUAUUCCCAGAUUUCACAAUGAGUUGGCUGAUGCUUUGGCCACUUUAGCCUCAAUGCUUCCAUACCCAGGCAAUUCUUACAUUAAUCCGUUGGAGAUUCAGAUUAGGGAUCAACAUGGUUAUUGCAAUACAAUUGAAGUAGAGCCAAAUGCUUGGGGGAUAGAUGUUAUUGGGCCAAUCGAGCCAAAAGCUUCUAAUGGGCACAGAUUCAUUCUAGUUGCCAUUGACUACUUCACCAAAUGGGUAGAAGUUGUUACGUUCAAAUCAGUCACCAAGAAAGCAGUGGUAGACUUUGUUCACUCUAACAUCAUAUGUCGUUUUGGUAUACCAAAGACCAUUAUCACGGACAAUGCGGCCAAUCUUAAUAGCGAUCUCAUGAAGGAGGUAUGUGAGCAAUUUAAAAUUGUGCAUCACAACUCUAGCCCUUAUCGACCUAAAGCCAAUGGAGUUGUUGAAGCUGCAAACAAAAACAUCAAGAAGAUCCUCAGGAAGAUGGUACAAGGAUCCAGGAAAAGGCAAGAGAAAUUGCCUUUUGCUCUUUUAGGGUACCGCACGACUAUCCGCACGUUUGUUGGCGCAACUCCUUACUUAUUGGUUUAUGGAAUUGAGGCGGUCAUACCAGCAGAAGUAGAGAUCCCCUCUCUUCGAAUCAUUGUUGAAGCAGAGAUUGAUGACACGGAAUGGGUCAAGUCUAGACUAGAACAAUUAUCGUUAAUCGAUGAAAAGCGGUUGACGGCGGUUUGUUUUGGCCAGUUAUACCGGCAAAGGAUGGCUCGCAUUUACGACAAGAAGGUGAGUCCAAGACAUUUUGAGGUGGGCCAACUUGUUAUGAAACGCAUCCUUCCGCACCAAGAAGAAGCGAGGGGAAAAUUCGCCCCAAAUUGGCAGGGCCCUUAUGUUAUCAAACAAGUGUUGUCAAAGGGAGCUUUGCAGUUGUCCGAUAUAGAAGGAAAGGUGGCUGACAUAGCCAUUAACACAGACUCAGUCAAAAGAUAUUAUGUUUGA